AUGAAGAAUGAAACGUUUGUGACAGUAUUCAUUCUCUCUGGUCUCUCCUCUAACCCAACCUUUCAGCUUCCUCUCUUUCUCCUCUGCUUAUUCAUCUACAUAGUAACUUUACUGGGAAAUCUUAUGAUCAUUGUGUUGAUCAGAAUAACUCCAAGCUUGCAUACACCAAUGUACUUUUUCUUGAUGAACUUAUCCUUUGUUGACAUAUUGUAUUCAUCAUCUAUUACACCCAACAGCAUUAUAAACAUCUACUCUAAAAAUAAGACAAUCUCCAUUACUGCUUGUGCUAUACAAAUGUUCCUCUUCAUUGACCUGGGGAGCACUGAAGGCAUGAUACUAGCUGUGAUGGCCUAUGACCGAUAUGUAGCCAUAUGUAAACCGCUGUAUUAUACAGUUAUAAUGAACAAAGUGACCUGUGUCCGACUUGCUUGCUUCGUAUACACAGCAGGAUGUCUUAAUUCCUUACUUCAUACAAGUGCUGCAUUUACCCUACCAUUCUGUCAAUCUAAUCAUGUCAACCAUUUCUACUGUGACAUUAACCCCAUCUUAAGACUAUCAUGUAAAGAUACAUAUCUUAACCAAGUUUUCUUAUUUGUUUUUGCCGGUUCUAUUGAAGUGGGCUCUUUUUUAUGCAUAGUGAUAUCAUACACAUACAUUAUAUUUGCAAUAUUUAAAAUUGGGUUUUCUAGAGGAAGGGGCAGGUCACUCUCCACUUGUGUUUCUCACUUUACUUGCGUAGCCUUAUUCUACUGCCCAAUUUUCUUUAUGUACUUGAGACCCAAUUCUGCAUAUGCGGUAGAUCAGGACUGGAUGGUGUCAGUGUUCUAUACAGUAAUAAUACCGAUGUUGAAUCCCAUGAUCUAUAGCUUAAGGAAUCAAGAUGUUAAAAAAGCAGUGAAAAAAAUAUCAGUGCAUAGCCAUAUAAUUUUUUCGCUCAUCAAGCUAUGUUCGGGCUUGUUUUUUGCUUCAUAA